AUGCGCCAAUUAAAUUAUUACAUUUUUAUUUCUACCAUUCUAACGUACAAUUUGACCCAUGGUCAAGGCCCAAGGCCUGUAAUUCGGGUUGGAAUAACUGCAGCUUUGAAAACUGAAAAUGGAUCAAUUGGAUGGGCAUAUACUGGUGGAGCUGUUCCAUUGGCAUUGCAAUAUUUGAAAUCGCAUGGUUAUAUGUUGAAUUUUGAUUUCGAAUUCCACGUUGAGUACACAGAAUGUGACUUGGCAAAUACUGUCAGGGCGGGACUGAACUUUAUGAAAACCAAUAACUACGAUGUGAUCAUCGGACCGCCUUGUGCUCCGGCACUAAAAAUGAUGGGAACUCUGUCGACAAUAUACAAGAAACCAGUACUCGGUUGGGGAUUUGUCAGUGAAUCGGAGAUUUCUGAUAUGAACAGAUUUCCAUUUGUUGCGUCGGUCUUGCCAAGCACCAAAACACUCGGAGUAGUUACAUCAAAACUUCUAGAGAUUUAUGGCUGGGAUCGUGUAGCUUUGUUGUAUUUUAAGAAUGAGUUGGACUACUGUAGUUCGGUCGUAAAUGAUGUGGAGAAGUCCUUGUAUAAUGAGAGCAAGUCUGUUCAAAUUGUAAUGAAGGCAGAAAUCGAUGGUUCCAACAGUGAAAGCACAAGUGCAACGCUUCAAGUAGUCAAGACUAGAGCUAGAGUAAUCCUUUUCUGCGCCCAUGCUGGAGGUGAAAAGCGAUUUUAUCUGAUUCAAGCUGGUUUACUCGGAAUGAAUUCUAGUGAGUAUGUACAUGUUAUGCUUUCAAUGAGAAGCGUCGGUUUUGGAGUUCAAACUUCUGUUGGGAAAAAGCCAUUAACCCUCUCUGGCCUACCUCCAAUAUGGGAAUCAUUCACUGUGAAUCCUGAUGGUAUGGAAGAUUUGGCAAAGAGUGUAGCUGCCAAAAUGAUUGUGAUAGAUACAAGCAGUGAAGUUCGAGACAAAACAUUUCUGCAAUAUAUGACUAAAAAUAUAGUAUAUGCUAUUCGAGAGCCCCCAUUGAGUUGUAAAGUCCCAGAAUGUUUAAUAACUAAUGCUACGGGCAUGGGAGCCUAUGCCAGACAUUUGUUUGAUGUAUUUUACAUGUAUGGAAUGGCAGUGUCAAGUUUGAAUUCAACUGAUCCGAAUGUCUACGGAAAUUUGUCACUGCUAAUUCCUAAGUUUACCACUGCUUUUGAAGGAAUGACCGGCGAAGUUAAAUUAAACGAAGAUUUGGCAAGAAAACCAUUGUACCAAGUAUAUGGGCUGAAUAGUGAAUACGAUCAAAUAUCACUGAUUGAUAUCAGUUUGAUAAAUGAUACUGUGAACGUUGUCUUCAACUAUGCAGACGGGAAUACAGAAGUUUGGCACUUUUGGGGUGGGACCCGUCCACCAGACACACCAGUUUGUGGAUUUCUUGGAAAAUCCUGCCCAUUGCCAAUUUUCGAGCAAUAUAGAGCCCUGGUUAUUGUCGCGAUUGCAGUUACCAUUCUAAUUUUAUUGGCAAUUAUCAUAUGCAUGUCAUCGAAAAUACGAAAUCGACGUGUUGAACAAAGCCGUCUUCAUUCGGAAUGGCAAAUCCACGCUAUAAAGCUUCGACUUCCAAUGCAUCGAAGAGCAUCCAAAAGCUCUCAAGAAUCGGAAACUGAAUCGGCUUCAGAAACAGAGAAUUUUACAUCAAAAAGUGGAGAUACUAUGACUAGUGAAUUCAAAGAAACCUACACAAUUCAAUAUUUGGAGAACGAUUUGGUGUUGACAACUGCUCAUCAAGUACAAGAACUCUCUCAGGCUGAAAUGAUGAAGUUUGUGAAAUUAAGGAAACUAGAUCACGAAAACUUGAAUAAAUUUAUCGGAUUAUCAAUUGAUGGCUCUCGAUUCGUGAGUGUUUGGAAAAUGUGCUCGAGAGGUUCACUUCAAGAUAUUAUUUCGAAGGGAAGCUUUUCUAUGGAUUAUUUUUUCAUGUUUUGCAUGAUCAGAGAUAUUGCAGAGGGACUCCACUAUAUUCAUAAAAGUUUUCUCCGUCAUCAUGGAAACCUGCGCUCAGCCACGUGUCUUGUAAAUGACAGUUGGCAAGUAAAGCUAGCAGAUUUUGGCCUACAAUUUCUGCAAGAUGAGGAGGAAAAACCUUUUAAGAAAAAUAUGCUCUGGGCUGCUCCAGAAGUGAUAAGAGGAAGUUUAAGCAUAGAACAAAUGGAUUCUUCUGCUGAUAUUUAUUCAUUUGCAAUUGUUGCGUCGGAGAUUUUAACCAAAAGGGAAGCAUGGGAUUUGUCUAGAAGGAAGGAGGGUUAUGAAGAAAUUAAAUAUGCUGUCAAAAAAGGAGGCCAGUUCGUUCUUCGUCCGGAUCUUCAUAUUGAUAUCGAAGUCAAUCAAACUUUAUUAGCCCUGGUAAAAGAUUGUUGGUGUGAGAAUCCAGAAGAAAGACCAUCAGCUGAAAAUGUCUGUAAAGUGUUAUUUGAUAUGACCCCAAAUACAGAAGAUAAUCUGAUGGAUCACGUAUUUUCAAUGUUAGAGGAAUAUACUUCUAGUUUAGAAGUUGAAGUUGGAGAACGAACGAAAGAAUUGACUUUGGAAAAGAAAAAGUCUGAUAUUCUUUUAGGGAGGAUGUUGCCAAAACAAGUUGCAGAGCGCCUGAAAGCAGGGCAGGCUGUAGAACCUGAAAGUUUUGAUCUAGUAACAGUAUUCUUCUCGGAUCUUGUAAAGUUCACCGAUCUUGCUUCCAAGUGUUCCCCAUUUCAAGUUGUCAAUCUACUUAACGAUGUUUUCAGUAACUUUGAUUCUAUAAUCGAGAAACAUGAUGUUUACAAAGUUGAAUCCAUUGGAGAUGGAUUUCUUUGUGUAUCCGGUUUACCAAAUCGGAAUGGAAUGGAACAUAUAAGGCAAAUAGUGGGAAUGUCAUUAUGUUUCAUGGAGUUUUGUCGAAAUUUUAGAAUCCCUCACUUGCCACGGGAACGAGUAGAAUUAAGAGUUGGCAUCAAUAGUGGUCCUUGUGUAGCUGGAGUCGUAGGUCUAUCCAUGCCACGUUAUUGCCUAUUUGGGGAUACUGUAAAUACUGCGUCGAGAAUGGAAAGUAAUGGAAAACCAUCAAUGAUUCAUAUGUCAGAAGCUGCACACAGUCUACUUGUAAACAAUUAUCCUUAUCAAUUUGAAACGAAUUCCCGAGGAGAAGUGAUAAUUAAAGGAAAAGGGGUUAUGGAAACUUAUUGGCUUUUGGGAAAAAUGAGUUUGAGCAACCAGUCAACUCCGCCCAUUACAAAAGUAAAUCACAAGCCGAGGAAGAUUGCAAGCUUUACAGAUUCUGAGCUAACCAAUUAUUCUUUUCGAUCGGUGAGCCCGUAUGUGGAAAAUUUGAGUGAUAACGACGAUGAGGAGAUUCGACGUGUUCUACGAAGAGAAAUGAUGAGAGUGGAAGUAUAA